GUGAAAUGACUGGCCUUUGAACAGCUUCCUUGGCUACGCCGCCAAAUUGGAUACAGCAUCGGCACUUUUUUCAUUUGUUUCGUCUGGAUCGUCGUCAAGCAAGCAAGGGUUGUGCUGUAGCUAGCAAAGUCAUCCUUUGGCUGUCUGCUUCUUGUGCUAUAGCUUGCAGUCUACUAGAAGCUUCUUCCUCCGUUCGAACCGAAUCGGAUCCAUCCAUUGAAUUAGAUUGACCAAGCCAAGUCCCAAGAAGGGAGUGAAUCAGCAUCCAGAAUGACCGUGUUGACUUCCUCUGCGGCUCCCGUCGCAGCUCGCAUGGCUUCUUCGACUCUUGGUAGUAGUCAUAAGAGGUCCUCUCUGCAUUCAGCAUCCUCUGUGGAACGUCAAUUACGAGAAAAGAUUUUGUAUCAGAUUGACAAAAUUUUGUUGCAGUCGCCUCCCAGUCGCACCUCGCUCUACAAUCUGCUCUUGCUCUGCAAUCCCGACUUGGAUGCAUCCGCACUCGAUGCUCCCAUUGCUCGUGAAAAGGCAUUUCGUGCCGUCAAGGCUCGUCUUCAUCCCGACAAACAUGCGCUUCAGGAACAACCACGGGUGACGCUCUUGUUUCAAAAUGUCCAGACAUUCUAUGUCGAAUGCUGUCAUGCCAUGGCCGCGCAAGAUGCCGGCAGUCGAUACCGAAAACAAACCAGUAUGCCUUCUUAUCAAUCGACACCGCAAAAGACACCCUUGUACACGCGACGAUCCACUUUUUCCGAAGGCGGCAGCAACAGUCCCAAGAAUACUAACAACAACAGUGCCUUUGAAUUCAAUUGUUUUGCCAAAUGGCCCUUUUUGAAACAAAUCCAACGCGAUACGCCCUUUCAAGCGGUUUCCACGUCGGAACUCCACUACCAUUUGGCAUAUGCCUGUCUCAAUUACCGCGGUGCCAUUGUCCACGGACAAACCAUUGAUUGUACGUACCAAGUACCCGCCAAUUUUGUCGAAACGGCCGCGUCGCCCACAUCCAUUCCGGCUGUUUGGGAUGCUGCUGGGUUUCCUACCGACCAACAUCUUCGAUUGACAAGUGUCGAUGAGUUGAAGAAGGAAAUUCAACAACACGGUCCCGUCGUCUCGACAUCAUUUGGACUCGAUCCCAAUUACUAUCAAUCCAUUUCCCGUCAUGCCGGAAAUUUCAGUGAACGACAUGUGGGACACUGUCAUCCGCUCUUGAUUGUGGGAUGGACCAUGACGUCGCAAGGAUCGGUAUGGUUGGUACAGGGACUGCGGGGCACUACGUUUCCCAUGGGAAUGGGACAAUUCCAAAUUGAUGCGCAUGCCAUGGCGCCACCGACAUGCGUACUUUUACAGAAAAGUUGGCAAUCGCCGGGACCUUUUUGGGAUGUGCCGGAUAUUAGCCUAAAGUGUCUGGCGUGGAAGGAACAUUUUGACAGUACUGCUCCUCGAGCUACCACUGUAUUAUCGACCUUGUUGGAGAUUGUGCCACUAGAGUCGUCCGAUAUCGAUGCACUGGGCGAUUUGUGGAAUGUCGGAUUGCAUGCCGUCAUUUCGGAACGAAGAGUCUUUGUACUGCGCGACAAGAAUCAAAUGGCACAAUCACGGCGGGUGCUCUUGCGAGAUUUGGCGCGCGUCACGCACAAGGAAAAGGGAAAAGUGUGGAAGGUGACCGUGUCGGUGGUGCGACAGUAGUUACUACUGAACUCCAAUGCCGUAACGAUACAACAUCUUUUUAAAAUAAAGCUAUGCUAUGGUGGCACCAGGUGGCCUAUAGAAGGGUCUGGUGGACCGACAUCGCAGUACUAUACCCAGAGAGUAGCUGUUAGCUAGAUGCUUAUGUAUCGACUACUCUGUGU